UAAUUUGAUUGUUCGCACUUAUAUCGGUGGUGUUUGGGAUGGGAUACGCAUAAAACCAUCAUGCAAUACUCUCAUGUUGGAGUACAUGAAGCGAGAUCUCUGGGCCGCCGGGCUGGUGUCUAUGUUGGCUUUCCUUCACAUCCGUCCUGCUCGUAAAUUUGAUGUCCGUCUACCAGUGCCAUUGCUGGCGAGGUUGGCGUGGGUUUUUAAUCCAGCCGGAGAUUGA